UGCCACAACUGGUUGAGUUGCCGCUGGACUGUAGACUGUAGUCCAGUCGCGAAUAGAGCCUCACCUUCUGGGAGCGCACCGCAUAACGUCCUCGAAUUCUUGAAGGUUUCCCUGUGCGGGGACCGGCCUUCACCGAUUGGGAAGGUUUUAUUGAGCAACAGCCCACCAGCAACAUUCAAGCAUUGGACCAGGCGACGCCUCUGCCGGAGCAUUGGACGUUUAGAAGAGUAUUUUUAUUUUCAUUUGUGGCUGUCGACUACAGUCAAAGUACCCUACACGGAGUGGGGUCGCUAGUGGCAGAUGUGGGAGGUCGACGCCAGGGGACUACAGCUAGUACAGGAUCUUAGACUGGCAGGGUCUCAAGAGGGGUCUUGUCCUGUUUGACGUUUGACUGGAUUUCUCUGACUUGGACCACCAUCACCGCCGAAUGCUAGCACGCAACACCCUGCAUGGUCUGUGUUGCUGCCUCCUGCAGGUUACAAGUACAAGCACAAGCACACGAGCUCAUCAACGUUACGUUCAACUGAGUGCACGCAUUUGUCAUGACUUGAAGAUCAAGACAAGAGAGGGAGAGACACGACGCGCACACUGCGGCACAGUGCAGUCCGCCGUGGAACGGCAUGGCAGUCUUUGGCAUAGACGGAUCGCGGAGUCCUCGACUCGUCUGUCGUGUGCACCUCUGACAGGCCUGUGGCUGUGGUCGCUAAUAUCAGCGCCGUCGUGCAUUGUCGUGCAGUGUCGUGCAGUGUCGACCGACUCGUUCAUCUUCUGUUGUGCUUGCGGCUUCAGCGUAGUUGUCAGCUGGUCUCAGUCCUGAUUUCAACGUUGUGCGCCCUUUUCGGAUUCCGACAGAGGAUUGCAAUGACCUACUGCUCGGUUGGGCAAGCAGGGACCAAGCUCGUGAAGUCAGCAGGGAGGAGAUCCGAAUAAGAAGAGGAAAUAGUUUUGAAAUUGUUCGGCGACAAUCGCCGGUUUCUUUGGAAUGGCGUCGUCGAGCGCUUCCUCUCGGAGUUGUUCGCGCUGCUGUGGUUCAUUCAUCUUGGCCAUCAUUGCAGCAAUAGCGCUCGUUCCGGUUGGACACUGCAGUUCUGAUGACUCGCCCUAUUUUACAUCUAGCCUAGAAUCAAUUGUUGUUGCAAGACCGCAUCUUGAUGGAUCCGUCCUCACGGAGCUGAAUUGUGAGGUGGAGCCAGCAGACUCUGUUCUGGAUGUCCGGUGGUACAAGGACGGCGUGUUUGUAUCGGAUGCAAACUCCUCUCUGCUCGAGGUUACUGAGACUGGAGUGUACCAGUGUCAUGUGGACACUAACAGCAGCACUGCAGUACUGGUCAGCAAGAAUGCCACCGUCACGUACUAUGAUGUUGCCCGGUUUGCGGCAAGCCUUGUAUCAGCUAGGGUACCAGUGCCUUUCAUUCUCGGCAGCACACUGGCCAGAUUGAAUUGCUCAGUAACGCCUGAGGAUGCAGUCCUCAAUCGCCUGUGGUUCAAGGACAACGUGCUUCUUGCUACUGGCACCCCGGUGCUAAACGUAGAACAAGCUGGUGUGUACCGUUGCCAUGUAUUGACCACCGACGGUACUCUCAACAGUGACAAUGCCACUAUAUCUUACAUACCAAUUGAUUCCAGCAUAAGGUUUGAUGUCAGUCCACAGUCUCUGGUGCUGGAAAAGCCAUUUGUUGCACAGUCGGCCAGCCAGCCAACACUGACAACCCUUUCGUGUGUAGUCGAGCCUAUGGAUCAAGUAUUGGGGACAGUGUGGUACGUGGACAAUGUGCUAGAUCCACUCAAGAAGGAUUCCGACACGUUCCGUGUGAUGAAGAAUGGUACCUACAGCUGCCGUGUGUUGACCAAGGGUGGUGUGCUGGUCAGUGAUGAUGCUGUCAUAUCCUACUUAGAUACGAAUGUAGUACCCUAUUUCACAUCCAGUCCACGAUCAGCUGUUGUGAAGAAGCCCCACAGAGUUGGGCCCAUCAUUAGUCAAUUAAGCUGCCAAGUAGAGCCGCAGCAUAUGGUUAUCAGAGUUCGCUGGUACAAAGAUGACAAGCUACUGGCUGCUGUGGAUACAAAUUCAUCAUUGAAUGUUGUGGAAAAUGGGACGUACCAUUGCCGAGUUGAAACUAAGCAUGGUACUAUCCGCAGCUUCCCAGCUGUGAUUUCUUAUGCUGAUCCAGUUGUCACCAUAUCCAUCCUGAACACCCGGGGCACUGCUUUUCUACGCUGCGUGGAUGGCCAAGGGCGGACAGUUGCGGACACGGAUGACUACAAGGUUGUCUGGAAAAGAAAAGCUGUGAUGGAGCAUGGCAUGCGUGUGGUCAAUGAUCGCAAGCACCGUGUGUUCCCGCAGACAGGCCUGCUGCAGAUUCGGAAUGUUGGACCCUUAGACUCGGGUGAGUUCCGCUGCAUUCGCUCCUUCUCCAGCACAAGCCACAUCCACAGCAGCUGGACGAGAAUUGAAUUUCAAGAGCUCAGUGGCACAACUCCUGAUGUAGUUAGUGGAACAGUACAUGUCGAGGCUGUGGAGGGCAGCACGGCACGGUUUGAGUGUCUGGUUGCUUUGCCGAAGAACGUUCCUGAGCAGAGCGUCAGCUGGAAGCAUAUGGGCUACGAUGUUGACGACGUUCUAACGCAACAAGUCUCUACUCAUCUGCUGCUCUCACACGUGAUGGAAGAGGCGAAGGGCCAGUAUUCGUGCUACUAUAACGGGACUGUACUCAGCACGGUCAAUCUUGAUGUCAGACAGCAGCCUACCUUUAACAAUGUGAUCAGAGACAAUGUUGCUGAAACGGUUGACAUUGGAUCUGAGGUGUCCUUUUCUGGCUUUACUGGCGCUCUGAACCCACCACCGCGGACCGUCCUCCAUCUGUACCACAAUGGCGAGUUGGCAAAAAAGGACGACAUUGUUUCAUUCAGUCUAUUUCCCGGGUUUGUGCAGUUAUCCAUCAGGAACAUGAGCUCCCAGACUGCCGGAAUUUACCAGAUAAUUGUCCAUAACGAUUAUGGCUACGAACAAAUUGUUCUCCUAUAUGUUCUCAAUUCGUUCACGGUGCGCAAUUUGUCAGCCAUGGUGGUUGACAGUCACACUGUGCACUUGAGUUGGGUACCACCAGAUACUGCAGGCGACGUAGCAUGGUACCGGAUUACCUGGAGAAGUCAAGCCCGCACACGUCGACAGCGUCGUCAAUCCACAGGUGUACGUGAUCGAGUGAAGAGCCAAGUCGUACCAGGGAAUGCAACGUCAGCCAAUAUCUCAGUGGACCUUAGCAGAGGGCAUGUUGAGUUUUCUGUGCAGGCAUCACAUGAAAGUGGUCUAGCUGGUGACAUGGUGAAUAUAGUUCCCCGAGGCCAAGCACCUCUGAUACACCAGUUUAAAGCGACAAGCAGGACAGCUGGAACCCUUCUCUUCACUCCAUCAUUGGCCGACGUGCGCUCUGCCUUCCAGUUGAUAUUUCACUUUGGAGAGGGCCUGCAAGCUCCGUUGCACAUAGCUGCGGAUGAGGUGCAAUGUAAUACGGAAUUCUCAUCGUGCUCCGUGGCUGUCAGCGCUGCGCAAGCAUCUAGCCUAGGUACUCUAGACAUGAGUCAAGCUCAGUCUCUGCAACUGCAUGCUGUCAACACUGGAGCUCGGGCACUGUCGGCAAGCUUUGCUAUACCUCGAGUUCUAGUGCCUGUGCCCAUCACAAGCUCCGCUGAAGAUGUUAGUUCUACCCGUAUUGACGUCACCAGCAGCACUGACACUACAAGUAUAAGUAAUGAGCAACCUGUCACCACAACCUUCCCAUCCACUACAGAUGAUGACAGCGAUGACACGAAAGCAGGUGGCUUGAGCUCACUGUUCCUCAUCAUCAUUGCAGCGUGUGGCGGAGGAGUCUUGUUCAUUAUUAUCCUGAUGGUGGUGUGCUGCUGCUGUGGGUGUUGCUGUUGCAAUUCCAAAUCAAGUCGGAAGACUUCAGACUCGGAGCUUGCUGCUAGAAAGCAGAGUCAAGAACGAGAAGAAGCCAUGAAGGAACUGGAAUCUCCUCUCCCCGUUGAAGUUCACAACCCUCUUUCCGCUCGCAACCCAUCCUUGCCCAAUAUUGACAAUGAUGAUGAUGAUAUGUUUGUGGAAACGGGACUUGGUGAGAAGAUGGCGUAUACUUCGGGGAAUGACCUCUCUGUGUCCUAUCAGCCAGGCAGUGACUUGCCACCCCCGCCACUAUUCAAUGAACUAGAAGACGACAAUCCAUCGUUGAAACUUCAUCCUAUAGAAAUGAUGACGUCCCUUCCACCACCAUCACCGCCAUUGCCUCCUCCACCACAAGUAUCUGAGAGUUUCGAAUUGCCAACUUACACCCCGGGUCCGCAGGUUGAUGAGAUCCCUCCUUCGGUUGAUAUCACGGCAGCAACACCCACGGUGGGUGGCCCUCCACCACCUCCACCUCCACCCCCGCCAUUACCAGUAGGCGGCAUACCCGCUCCAGCAUGGCGACAACAGAAUGGCGAGGCAUCAUCAUCAGGCACCAAUGACAGUGGUCGUUUCAGUGUUCGAAGUGCAGACGUGAAUAGUGAAUUUGGAUCACGUGCUAGCCGUGGAAGUCGUCGCUCAAUGCCAGCCCUCACACCCGAUGACCUGAAAGGUGCCCUGAAGAGAAAUCGACAGCGCCCUCCAAUCCCAAAGCCCAUGCGAGGUGACGCAAGCGUUGUUGUUCGACCAAGUCUGAGGUCUAUCCCACGCCCUAGCUCCAUGCAACUUGAUAUGGAGAAGGAUAAGCAGCAACAGAUGGAAGCAACUGGCGGCACCCCAAAGAGCGAAACAAUCAGAUCAACAUCAUCAGCAUUGUCCGCCAGCUCCAAUGUUUCUGAUAAACUUUUACUUGCAUUGUCCCAGCGUCAGGGAUCAGUCAGAUCAGUAUCCUCCAAUAUGUCUAACUCUUCUGAUAAACAUCCUCCCCCAGUAGCGCCUAAAGGAUCAGUUCGCUCGACUAAGUCAAGAAAAAGCAUGACACCCCCACCAGCUGCCACCCCUCCCGGACCGCCGGAAAACACUGCUCUAUCGUAUUCUGCCAGCAAGCGUUCCUCCAGCCUUGUUUCUUCCAACUGUCCCUCCUCAACUUCCUUUGGUGACGGAGCUAAGGAAGGCAUGGGAGCUGCAACUGCUUUCAAUGCGUCGGCCGUUUCACUGUCGUCCGAAUCCAAUCAAACAUCAUCAAAUGGAACACUGGGCGACAAGUCCACUGCUAGUGAACAGCUAUCAAUUGACAGCAGCAUGCAUAAUGGCAGUACUAGUAAUGGGCUGGCAAAAACAUUCACAACUAGUACAUUGCCGCUGCCACAGAAGAGCUACGACUCGGCGGAAAUUCGAGCGGAAACGCUAGACCGAUCUCCACGAUCCAAAGCAACAGACAGCAAUCCUGUUGAGAGGAAGAGUGCAUCAGAGCCAAGCGACCUGCAGACGCUGGAUGGAAUUGAAAAUCUCUCGUCGAUGUUUGAUAAUGAUAUUGACGCCAUUCUGCAUCAGCUGGAAGAGCGUCGAGACACAUUGACCAAGCAGCUGCUGGAGCUGAAUGUCAAUGACAGUAGUGCUGAUGGGGACGCCCAUUCUGCCAUGACCAAUGGCGUGAAUGGCUCCGAGCCCGAACCAGCAUUCUCUGCUAUCGAUCGAAAUGACAAGAAACCAGUGGCAUGAUGGUGGAGGCGGCUGGUGUGUAGCCACCCUGGUAUCAGAGUGUUAUGUUGAUAGUUACAAGACAGUGAAGCAUUAACUGCAAUGCUGGUCAGUGCAACCGGCUGAUCUGAUCCUACUGGCAUUGGUCAGUCUUGGUUGAUAUAUAGGUAUGCAUGUAGUUGCGUGUGUGCAUGUGUAUGUGUGUGUGUGUGUGUGUGUGUGUGUGUGUGUGUGUGUGCGUGCGUGCGGCUUGUGUUCGUCUGUCUGUGCCCUUCCACACGUGGAAAGUAAACAGUCUUCAGAUUUUACUUGUACUGUGAACAUUUAUUCAAACCCAGAAUAUCACCGACUAGUAGUAUCCCUGGGCUAGAAGUAUUUACUUGCAGUACUGUAUCCUAUUUUAGUGCUUCAGCUGCUGCUUGAUAGAGCAUAGAAUUUUCUAGUUUUGUAUAUUCAUAGAUUGCAGUACUUGCAUGUGUCAGACAUGCUCUCGUGUUCACAGCGUAUCCAGGGCGUUGCCAUGCUUAUGACUGUGACGCGCUUUGCAGCUCUGUGUGUAUAUACUGUAGAUAUUUACGAUUUGAUGUGUUGGUCUGACAGCCUGUUGUGCUCGUUCUAGCCCAGCCUUGGUAAUAUUAUUCAAAACUUGAGAUGAGACCGUCGUUACAAAUACACAUCAUACCUAACUAUACCGUGUUGCCCGCGUUUCUAUUUUAAAUUUCCAGCUUUCACUUUUCUUACUGACUUUCCCCUGCUUAUCCGUAAAAGAGACAAUUCUACUCCUGACCUCUAUGCAGCGGUAAUUGUUCCUGUUGUGCUGGGACAACCUCAUUUCCAAAACAACACAAUUGGUCACAGUG